AGAAGCCCAUGAUCCCUGUUGAGCCUCCAUGGCAUUCUCCCCUCCAAUCGACAAUCCUCCAGCAUGUCACAUGACUUUUGCUCUAUACAGAAGUGUGGCCACUCUCAACUCUUACUCAUGUUCUGCCGGCAAAAACAUAAAGGAGUGUGGCGUCAGUGAAACUGGGGAUGCUUGUGGCUUACUCUCUCUGCGUCUGGACAGGGAGAUAACACGCUCUAUGUUGACAUACAACAGUGAGACUGGCUAUGCGGCUUGUUAGAUAACAUUUGAACAAGAAACAGCGGCUGUUCAGCUUAAGUUACUACCAGGGGUUGUGGAAAAGACCAGGAAGCCAGCGGACUCAGUGCCAUCAAGGCCUGGACCCAGAGCGGAGCUGAGCUGCUGAGGUGUUGGGUUUCAGUGCAAGGGGAUAUUCCUGCACGGCACUGCAGGCUGAUACAGGAGAAACACCUCACCCGCUGAUGUACAGAUCGUUUUGCAACUUCUGAUUGAUGGACUCUACAAGCGCAGCAAAGCAAGAAGUCUCUAGGUCCGAUGGAAUCUGAGAAUUUUACUGGAAGAAAGUUUGGCCUCAUUGUCUUGCCUUAGCUGAAAAGUGGAGAAACAGCCCAUCUGCUUUUUGUUCCUAAAUGCUUUGCACUUAUCCGAGGAGCAGAAAAUCACCUGAAUCCUUCUGAGGGACAUGGAUGCCAUGGAGAACCCAGUCCUGGAGCCCAGGUCAGAGCGGAUCGCUCGCUACAAGGCUGAGAGGAGGCGGGAACUGGCUGAACGCUUCGGCAACAUGGAGGAACUACCUUCCAAGUGGGUGAGGAGGGAUGGGAAAGAGGUGCACGACCCGGCGACCCAACCCCACAAAGAGAUGUCGAACUCAGAGGGCACGAUGUCCCUCAGUGAAAGGAUUAACGGCAGGACACGCAAGGUUACAAAUGGAUUAGAGGCAGAGACUUCUGCAGAAUCCGACUACUUGAGAAGGCAGGGUUCCCGGGACUCUGCCAGCAUGCUGAGUGGGGAGGGGCACCUCGUCCCUCAUGGACUCGAUGCCCCGCAGCUCCACACUCGAGUAUCAGUGGGCCAGUUGAGAAGUGCCCUUCUGCAGCAGACCGGGAGUGGAGCGCAGCCAGAGAAAGUCUGCUCUGAUGCCGGGCGAGCUACGUCCUCUCUGGACCUGGCAGUGAAGCCGGGCCCUGAGGGGGGCCGGCGACGCACCCGGCGUUACCUCCCUGGAGGGUCAGGCGGUGGUCGCAAGACCAGCGAACGCUUCAGGACACAGCCAAUCACAGCCAAUGAGAUGGAGGAGAGCAGCGGGCUGUUGGACGAAGAGGAAGAGGAGAACAGUAAAGCGGAUGUGAAAACCGAUGACAGAGCCAAAAUGAGCGUGGCAGCCAAGAUGUCUUUGUUUAAAGAGCUGGAGAAGUCUGCUGCCCCCGAGGCCUCGGACUUCCUGAAGCCUCGCUCAGGGAGUGUCUCUCAUGAACGCAGAGUGCGCCGUGGCAACGAGCAUCGCUUUCUUACUCAGCCAAUCACCUGUGAGGAAAUGGUGGCUAUCAGCGCCCCUACCCCUAACCCAGCACCACCAGUUGAGGCCCAGUCUGAGCAGUCUGAGCAGGCUGAGUCAGCGGAGGACGGUGAUGAGAACUGCAAGCUGAGCAUGAGUGAGAAGCUGGCCCUCUUCAACAAACUGUCUCUGCCUGGAAGGCAGGGGGGUGGCCAUACCGAUGGACCCCCAGAGAGACGGAGGCAGAAGGGGGCUCGGUACCGCACGCAGCCCAUCACUGUGGAGGAGGUCAGCCUGCUCCAGAAAGGCCCCGUACAGCUUCCUGCGUUCUGUUUGUCCCCUCAUCUGUCCGACAGACAGCAGGCCUCGUCUGUCAACCUAAAACCUAGUGAGGUACGCCUUUCCCAGCCAAGACCUGAUACCGGUCCCGGCCCUGGGGAGCCCAGUCCUACCCAGCAAGGCUUGCAGCGUUAUGACUCGGAGCCAGGCUUGAGAGGAAUCCUGAAGAAGAGCCGCUCUGGGGGCCCAGAGUGGAGCAUGACAGAGAGCAGUAAGAUGGAUGCACCUUUCAGCCAUGAACAGAAUGGUGGAGGCUGUGGCGAGGCAGAGAUUCAGGAGAGGAUGGAGGGCAGUGAGAGGCAGGAAAUAUCUGCAGCACCGCGGAGAGAGAGACGAGAGGCUUCAGGUGUGGAGGGAGGCUCGCUGACUGCCGCCCCCUGGAGGCAGAGGGCUCGAGCCAGGAGGGAAACCAUCGCCUGUACACCAAUUAGAGCCUCGUCAGAGCAGGACGCUCCUAAGGAGGAGAGGUCCUGUCGGGUCAAGACAGAGGAACAGCCAGUUUCCUCUGUGGAACACAGCUCGGAUUUGACUGGGAGAGUCCAGCAAGAGGAGGAGCAAGAGAGUGCAUGGAUGAGGAAUGAAGAAACCACCAAAUCCACGGGACAUGUUCAGGUCACCCUGAUGGAUGGCACUACUAAACUGCAUGAGACAACCAAUAGCAGCAGUAACAAGGAAGAGACAGAAACCUCUCACGUGGAGAGUAUCGACCUUCAGUGCUGGGAACCUGUCUUUGCCUCUGUCUAUUCUAGCAGUACGCCCCAAUAUAUCAUGUGUUUCAAUCAGACCAGCCUGUCCUUUGAGGCACAAGAAGUCUGCUCUCCUACCAAGAACCAGAAUCAGCCUCAGUGGAGACAAAAGGCUAAGGAGGUGGAGGAUGAGCAGCCUCAGAUGGUUGAAAGUGAGGAAACGAACACACAGCAGGAAAUGAAAGAGCAGGAGACUGAAUGCAUGGCCAAGAGAAGUCUUGGGUCUCCAGAAUCAGACAGAAAUGACACCUCCCAUAGCAAGAGACACUUCACUGAAGCUACAGAUGAUGAGAUCUCUGUGCAUCCAGUGAUGGAGUUUGAAGCUGCUCCGCAGAGCGCUCCACUUUCUGUAGAAACACAGGAAGUGAAGGAGGUGACGCCUGCGGAUGAAUCGAACACGUACGACAGAGGUCUUGACAGCGAGCAGUCGCCUCCCUCCACCUGCGCGCCCCCACCCUGCGGAGAUGCCGCUGCCACAGAGAAUGAGCAGGACCUGGAUGUCCUCUGCCAGACCAACACACACAUACUGACAUCAGCAGUAGCAGAGCACAGGCGGUCGGUGCGUCCGUCCCGUCGGACUCAGGGCUCCAGAAACCCUCUGCGGGCUCUGGCAGCCCGGGAGGACAUCACGCAGGACUACAUGGGGGAGAGGGGCAACACUGAGGAAAGGAUCCAAGCAGAGAAGAAGUCUAAGAACUCCUCCGUUGCAGAUCCACAUCUCGCCAGGUCAGAAGACUCAGAUGCUGCCCAGUCUUACCCUCCCUUCAGCAGCCUGAUGCUCAUGCAUAUCAAAGGUAGGCGGCAUGUCCAGGUCCGUCUGGUGGAGCCCUCGGUGCGGUCGCUGAACAGCGGAGACUGCUUCCUGCUGGCGACUCCGGAGCUUUGCAUUGUGUGGAGCGGAGAGUUUGCCAGCGAACAAGAAAAAUCCAAGGCCUCGGAGCUGGCGUCGUUCAUCCAGAGCCAGAAGGACCUGGGCUGUCAGGCCUCCCAGGUGGUCCACCUAGAGGAAGGGCUGAACUCUGACAGCAGCCUGGCUGAAGACUUCUGGAGCCUUCUGGGAGGAAGGACACAGUACAGAGGAGCGGGUGCACCAGAGGAGGAUGAGCUCUAUGAGCGCGGUGUGGUGGAGUCUAACUGUGUGUACAGACUGGUGGAGAACAGACUGGUGCCCCAUGAACAGGCCUGGGCCUCCAUCCCCAGCAUCUCCCUGCUGGGAUCCAGUGAGGCUCUGGUGUUUGAUUUCGGCAGUGAAGUGUACCUGUGGCAUGGACAGGAUGUCUCCCUCAGCAGGAAGAACAUUGCUCUCCAGCUGACUCACCAAGUGUGGGUCGGAGCGUAUGACUACAGCAACUGUCGAGUCAACCCACUGGAUCCCACACAAUGUAACCCGAGCAUACAGCUGAGGGGAGAGGGGCGUCCCAGCUGGGCGCUGUUGGGCUGCAUCUUAGAGCACAACGAGACAGCUCUGUUCAAAGAGAAGUUCCUGGAUUGGACGGGCAGAAGUGGAGACAUGGAGGAAACUGUCCCAGUGAAGGAUGAGACACAGCUCAUCCCAGUUCAGUCUUCCCCGCCCGUCUCCCCGUCAUCAGACCUUCUGAGCCCCUGCGACGCCAAGGUUCUAGUGUCCAGCCAGUCGCUGGAAGGGGACGGCUUGGUCCAUAACGUGCUGGCCGGCGUCGAUGUCCAGAGGGGUCACGGGGUCAUCACACUGGAGGAGGGACACCAGAUCAAGCUUGAAACGGCUGCCGUGGACACAUGGCACGUCCAGGAGUUUGAUGACAGUGAAAUUCCUGUAGAGAGCACAGGACAACUUUAUGAGGGAGACUCUUACGUCAUCCGCUGGACAUACAGCAUCAGCACUGUUGAUAAGAUAAACAGUCCCGAUGAUUGUAGCAAGGACCCUGGACAAAAAGAAAACACUGUUUUCUUCCUUUGGCGAGGCCGUCACUCUACUGUCAGUGGGCGGGACACCGCUGCUUUUCUGUCCAUUGGGAUGAACAACCAUGAAGAGUCCCAGGUGGUUGUUCCUCAGGGAAAGGAACCUGCUUGUUUCCUGCAGCUUUUCCAGGGAGGCCUGGUCAUUCACAAGGGCAAGAGAGAGGAGGCCUCUACUAAUGCAGGCACAGAGUGGCGGUUGUUCUGUGUGCGAGGGGAGCUCCCAGAAGAGGGCUCGCUGUUAGAAGUGGAUUGCUGCUGUGCAGGUCUGAGGUCUAGAGGCUCUGUUGUCCUGCUCAACAGCCAGCAGGAGGUGCUGUACCUCUGGACUGGCUGUAAAGCUCAGAGUAGCUCUAAAGAGGUUGCCAAGAGGGUAGUGGAGCAUCUUACUGAAAUGUGUCCACCAGAGUUGGGUCUCAGUAAAAGCAGCCCUGUGAAGGUGCAGGUAGUUGAGGAAGGUUCAGAGCCUGCAGACUUCUGGACAGCACUGGGACAGAUGGACAGGAAAGCCUAUGACUGCAUGCUGCAAGAUCCAGGUAAAUAUAACUUCACACCUCGUCUCUUCCAUCUGAGUGCCUCCUCUGGGAGCUUCAAGGCCGAGGAGCUGCAGAGUCUAACACGGCUGCCGGGGCUCGUGAUGGCAAUGCCCUUCGUCCAGGAGAGCCUGUACGAUGUACCACAGCCAGCCUUGUUCCUGCUUGACAACCGUCUAGAGGUCUAUCUGUGGCAGAGGGGUCAGCCUGAGCAGACAGAGAGCUCUGCUUCGGCCUGGAGCCGCUGGCAUAACGAGAGGCGGUGUGCCAUGCAAACGGCGCUGCAGUACUGCAAAGAGAUGAACCCACGACGCCCACCGCAGGCCUACCUCAUCUUUGAGGGGUCUGAACCUCUCACCUUCACUAAUGUCUUCCCUUGCUGGGAGAGGAGCCUGGGACCCCACACACAGGGCGACGCAGGGCGGGUGAAGCUGACCUUGGUGCAGGACGCCCUGGCCCAGCUCAUGAAGACCCAGUACCCUCUGGAGGAGCUGCUGCGAAGCCCCUUGCCUGAAGGAGUGGACCCCCAGCACCUGGAGGUCUACCUGUCUGACCAGGACUUCCAGACUAUUUUGGAAAUGAAGAGAGAUGAAUAUGCCUCCCUCCCAGACUGGAAGCAGAUUGAUCUGAAGAAAAGCAAAGGGCUGCUUUUCUAGACAGCGAUAACAAGCGGAGGCUGACUGACGCGCUGUAGCAGGGACUUCCUCCUCCUCUGCCAAGAAGGGAUGACGGCAGGGGGAUAUUAGCACCAUGCUGUUGCACAAAGGACUGCUCACAACGUAAUAAAAAGAAGAAAAAUUCACUUUUAUUUAUGUCAAAUUAGUAUGAGUGUGUGGACUUUUUAAUCGGACAUGGAUUUCUCCGUAGCUAUUGUUCAGAGCAAAAAAAAAAAAACAAAAAAAAAACACAAAGCACAUUUUCCUAUGAAACAUUUUCUCUGUACAAAUCAGUGAAAGAUAUAAAGAAAAGGUGUGUGGGAAAAAAAGGAAGAACGUCAGUAACAAACUGUGGGAUAAGGGAUGAGAACAUAAGAGUGCUUACAAAAAAAAAGAUCAAUUCUAAUAAACAAUGUAAACAAGAAAAAAAAAAAAUAAAAGGCUAACCACUUUCUAAAUGUUUCCUCCUCGAUCGAUAUAUUUCCAUCGAAACAUCUUUAAACUUUGACAGAAAAAGAAAAACUGCUGCUUUGCCAAAAUCUUAAAACAAGCGUGUUUGACGGCAAAAUCUAUGCUGUGUAUUUUACAGUCGUGUGUCAUAUGAUGUUAUGAUGUGUUUAUUUGUCUGCCAGCCUUGUGUGCCAUGGUCAAUGUAGCUGGAGCCCAUGUGUUCACUCUGACUGUGGUUAAUGCCUUAUUAGGACUCCUUGGAGGUUUACUAUUAGCUAUGCAUGGGGGAGCAGGUAGACAUGCUCCAAUAACAUCCCUCUGGCCCAAAACAACACGCUAAUUCUGCUUCACCUCAACCAACACACUGUUCAAAACAUCCUCCUGACACGCCAAUAUACAAAGACAUAAUGUACUCUCAGAUAGUGACUCUCUGACAGGAAAUCAACUGUGUAACACGAAUAUUCUUAACAGCUAAUGGUGAUGUACUUAAAAUGUCUUGGUCUACUUUGAUAUUUGUGUAUUUUUCAUAUUCCUGGCAUCAUGUAGAUAGAAACAGCAGCUACAGUUGAAUUUCUUAGCAAAAUUUUCUUUUUUUCUAAACCUUUUGGUGUCAGAAUUAAAGCACAAGCGUCUUUUUCUUGACUCAACAAGUCUCACAGGGGGAAAAAACAAGCUUUUAAGAGGAAGAGAUACCAUUGAUAACAGCCUCAGUCAAUCAUAACAUAAUGCAUAAAUGAGAAAAAAAAAGGCAGUACUCAACUGGAUGUUAACUUUACUGCUGAUGCGCUAAAACUACAGCUGUUGCUCUCUUGAGCUGCACUAAAAACCUCACACACAGGUGAUUUCUAACAGUGUAAGAGUAACCGAAGGAGGCUUUUAAACAACCCCAAGUCAUGCUGACCCCCCACAAAUUGUAAAUAAGUCAGGUUAGUCUUCCAUUGGUCCACUGAAUUGGAGCCCCUUUGGACUCGCUGGCUAACUGGGUGUUAUUUUCCUCAGAAUGGAUUAGCUGACUAAGCCUCCAUGUGACUGUGCAGUGCCGGUGAGAUUGGAUUUAGGCCCACCGCUGGGUGAUGGUGCACUCGGGAAGAAAUUUCCAAAGACCUUUUCGCUCGCAGGCAGCUUACACCUUAAACAGACCAACUCUAAAAAAAAAAAAAAAAAAAUCUGUAUGGGUAAAGCCACCUGGAUCUGAGUGUGUGACAUCUACUUUGCAGUUAUUACUAUACAGCUAGUGAAUGCACAGACUUUUUGUAAUCAGACAAGAUUAAAUUACGUGGCCUUUUCUCGAUGUGCGAUGUGAAAAUGAGAAAUUGAGUCCCCGCAUCCAUCAACACAUCCAUUUACAGCUCGGAAGUGACUGGAUGAUGAGUUUGGGAAGCGUGCGUGACUUGCAGAACGUAUCAAUUGAAUACAGAACUUUGAAAAGAAGCAGCUCAAUGAUAAUAUGACACAUUUUCACACCCUGCUGCUGCUGUUUGUUUGUGUCU